AUGUAUUUACCAUUUUUAAUAUUAGUAUUAGAUGCUGGUUAUAAUAUUCAUCCAACUUUGUAUAGUUUAAUCUUCUGCCGUUUCAAUCUUUACGUACAAUUCUUGUUCGAUAUAUUAUGUCCAUUUUAUAUGAUUUUAGCGUCAAUUGAUCGAGUAUUAAUUACAUCAUCUAAUGCUCGAACACGUCAACGCAGUACGCAUCAUUUUGCGUAUAUAUGUAUUAUUAGUGGAACUUUAUUUUGGAUGUUAUUUCAAACGCAUACGUUAAUUUUUGGGAGUAUUAUAGAAUAUGCACCAAAUUAUUUUCUUUGUUAUUUUCAAUCAGGUGCAUAUUUAGUAUUCAUAGCUUAUUAUGCAAUUCUAAUCAAAACAAUUCUUGUUCCUUUAUUAUUAAUCACAUGUGGACUGUGGUCUGUAAAGAAUAUUCGAACUUUACGUCGUGUAAGAGUUGCUCCUGUUUUAUCAAUGAAUCGAAUUACAACUGCAGCUGAUCCACAUCCUCUUCUUCGAGCAAGAGAUCGUCAACUUGUUCGAAUGCUUCUUAUUGAUAUUAUUAUUUAUAUAAUUUUCAACUGGGCCGUAUCAGUUUUUCUUAUGUAUCAACAAGCUACUCAAGACACUAUAAAAAGUUCUGUUCAAAAUCUGAUUGAGGUCUUUAUUGCUUCGGUUAGUACUUUUAGUAAUCACAUUCCAUUUUGUAUUGAAUGUUAUACCAAUUUAAUUGUAUCAAAAACAUUUCGAAAUGAAGUGAAAAAGGUACUUUUGUGCAAAUAA